AUGGAGGCUGCAGGAAUUGCCCUAGCAAUCCUCCCACUUGUCAUCAAUCAGCUCGAUAGUUAUGUUCAGGGGCUUGAGACUAUCAAGAGCUUCGGAGCCAGGCGCUAUCGCAGGGAGCUUGAAAGCUAUUCAUCAAGCCUUGGAACCCAACAAGCCAUCUUCGUCAAUACCCUGGAGCGGGCCCUUGAUGGAGUGGUCGAAUACGAAGAUGGGCUGGAUGAGCUGAGGAAUAAUCCUCUGGGAAAUUUGUGGAAAAGGCAGAGUCUGCAAGCGAGUCUUCAUGAAAAGCUGGGAAGAGAUUUUUACCCUUUCACCCAGAGGAUGACAGAGAUUGCGACACUAUUGGAGGAAUUGUCGCGAAAAUUAGGAUUGGACAAGAAUGUUUCGGUGAACAACCGAGUCGACCAGUCUACUAUUAAGAAGGAGGUCAAAAAGUUCAAAGAUAUCUUCUCAAAAAGCAUCUAUCUCGAUCUCUUCGCUCGUAUCGAUGCAGCCAAUAAAACCCUAAACACCUUGGUGGAGCAUUAUCCGCCAGAGGACAUGAAUGAUGAUGGAUCCAAAGAGUUGUCCCGUGGCUCUCGCUUUCGAAUGAUUUUCCCUUCCAACGGCUCCAUAGACCUUGUCACGGGAUGGUGCGAGAUUGAAGCCGAAUCGGAUAUUAUUCAAUCCAGCGUCAAUCAUUUGAACCGAUUCCCUCCUCAGGGUAAUCAAGACAAAAUUCCUUUCGGUAACAAGAAGGCCAGAGUGCAGUUUGCAUUCGAUGAAUCAUUUGACAAUGAGCCAUCCAUGAUGCCUGAUAUGCCUUCAGUACCUCCGAUUGUGGACAUCUGCUCAACGCUGUCUACUGUGGGGACCCACGACGAGACAAAUGAACCUAUUGGGUUUAUCUCCGAUGAAAACCACCGCCACAAUAUGUAUUAUGUUCGGAAGCUCGCAGGGAAUUUGAGAUCGCAAUCGCUUGCUGAGCUUAUCGCGGGUUCAAGUGAUAUCUUCAAGGCGCCUAUUGGCAGCAGCUUUCUUUUCACACGGGGCCACCGUCUCCGCGUUGCUGUUAAUCUCGCCUGUAGCGUGCUCCAAUUUCACGGAAGCUGGCUGAAAGCCGAAUGGAGGUCAUGCGAUAUCAUGUUCACCAAGAAUUCAUCUGGGGAUAUCGAUAAGCCAUAUGUCCUUUGGGACGUAAACAGUGAGUUGGAUGCCUGGAGUCUAUGCAGAGACAAACCAACAUUCUCGCUCAUUCAAAGCGAGAUUCUGUUUCCCUUGGGCCUCGUUUUGGUUGAACUUUCUUUAUGCCAGACACUAGAGGCAUUGCGUAUGCCGGAGGAUGAAGAUCCGGUGGAGGCAUAUGUGAAUCUAAAGACUGCAACUCGCCUCCUGCAGAGGGUGGCGGAGGAAAGUGGCGCAGAAUAUGAAAGGGUAGCGAGGCGGUGUCUCCUCUGGCCUGGGACCAGAGAAUCUACAUUGGAAAGCGAGCAGAUGCAAGAUGAGAUAUUUCAACUUAUCAUAUCGCCAUUAGUCGAAAACCUGAGGAAUUUCGAGGGUCGGAUUUGA